AUGAGGUUUGCUUCAGUGGAGCAUCCUCAAACUAACGGACAAGCUGAGUCAGCUAAUAAAGUGAUUUUGAAUGGUUUAAGAAAGAAUUUGGAUGAGGCGAAAGGUUUGUGGGCUGAAGAACUACCCGACAUCCUAUGGGCAUAUAAUACAACUGUGCAAACAAGCAUUGGAGAAACGCCGUAUAGGUUGACAUAUGGGACAUACGCCAUGUUGCCCGUGGAGGUUGAGAAUCAAAGCCGGCGGGUAUCUAGGUUCAAUGAAACAGAAAAUGGGGAGAAUUUGAUUGCAAAUUUGAUGAAGUUACGCGAAGAACAAAGGGAAGCACAUUUAAGGAAUGAAGCGGGAAAGGGAAGGAUCGCACAGAAGUAUACAACAAAAGUAGUGCCAAGAACAAUGUAG